CCAUUGAUUCGAAUCUCGCAGUAACGCCGACGCAGUCGCAGGCGCAACUUGUAUUCUGUGAUAUUACGUUCUGCUGUUUUAAUACGCGUAAAUAAAAUAAUUCUUAGUUUUAAUUUUAUACAGACAGCGUCGUUGUAAACAUAAGAAAGUGUCAAAAUGGAACCAGAUAACCAGUUUCCUUUGGAGAUCGAAGAUGUAGAACCAGGUUUGACAAAGAAAUUGUUGGAAUACUUUACUGGAGAGAUGACCGGCUUCGUGCGUGUUGGCCCAAAGAAAUAUUUCUUCCCGCAAAAGUACAAGCAAGAGGCUGCAAACAUUUACAACAUGCCGAUCAGACCAACUGAUGUUUUUGUCACAAGUUAUCCACGAUCAGGAACAACAUGGACUCAGGAGUUGGUUUGGAUGGUGGCAAAUGAUUUGGAUUACGAGAAGUCUAGCUCCAUACCACUGACAGAACGUUAUCCUUUCUUAGAAUUUUCAAUUUGCGUGCAUCCAGAAAACAAAAAGAAGUUCAUAGAAGAGAACAGUGACAGUAAAGACAAAUUGGAGUUACUGGAGAUGGUUUGUCAACCAGGGACUGAGCAACUAGCCAACACUCCUUCGCCGAGGUUCAUUAAAUCCCACAUGCCUUUAUCUCUGUUGCCCCCAAGUUUACUCGACACAGCGAAGAUGGUGUACGUGGCUCGGGACCCUAGGGAUGUCGUUGUGUCGUUCUACCAUUUGAACAGACUUAUGAGGACCCAGGGUUAUGUAGGCGACUUCAAAACAUUUUGGGACUUCUUCAGAAAGGGCCUGCAUCACUGGACACCAUUCUUCGAGCAUCUCAAAGAAGCUUGGGAAAAGAGAGAUCACCCGAAUAUGCUGUUCCUCUUUUAUGAAGAGCUAUCCAGGGACCUGCCUGCCUCCGUGCGCCGUGUAGCGAAGUUCUUCGAUAAGCAGUUCACGGAUGAUCAGAUAGAUCUGCUGUGCAAACACCUCAGCAUCGACAACUUCAAGAACAACAAGUCUGUCAAUUAUGACGUCAUGAAAGUGCUCGGUAUCUUGGUGCCUGGAGAACAGUCUUUUAUCAGAAAAGGUAAGGCAGGAGGUUGGCGUGACUACUUCGACGACGAGAUGACGCAGCAAGCGGAGAAGUGGAUAGAGGACAACCUCAGGGACACAGACCUGCGAUUCCCUCACAUGCAACAUUAAAUUAAUUAGAUUAGAAAGAAAAGAACAUAAAAGGGUGAUAAACAUUUAUUUCAGUAAUAUACUAUGUUCCAGUUUUCUUUGUAACACCAUAUUUUAAGUAUACAUGGAUUGAAAAUUUAAUAAGAAAGCACUAGCAAUAAGUAAACAAUUAAUUCCAAUCAUGUUUCAAUAAUAUUCACUGUGUCCGGUGUAAUAAAAAAUAUUUAUUCAUAAAUAAAACAAUGUCUCAGUC